AUGACCGAAAGACCGGCAUCCAGCAAGAGGUGGACAGACCUAGACACAGCAGCAAAGAAGGCGGGCCAAGACAACUGCUAUUUUUUUGGAUGUUUUGGGAACAGUUCUUACUUUUGGUCAGCAACUUAUAGGAAACAAUGGGUCAAUUCAACAAACGCCUCCAAGACUAUUUGGCAGACAGAAGACGUCAGAGGAACAGACUUGUGACCAAAGAUGGCCGCUGUAACAUUGAAUAUGGAAACGUCAAAUACAGCAAACAUUUUGCCUUCCUGGCUGACUUCUGGACCACUUUUGUGGAGAUCAGGUGGCGAUUUGUCCUGUUUUUCUUUAUUGCCUCCUUCACCCUCAGCUGGUUCAUUUUUGGCCUACUCUGGUACUGGAUUGCCCGAAGCAAUGGAGAUCUUACAUGGCAAAAUCCCCCUUCAGAUCACAACCCAUGCGUUGACAAUGUUGUAGGACUCACAACAGCCUUUCUCUUCUCUAUUGAAACCCAGACCACGAUCGGAUAUGGAGGGAGAGCGAUCACUCCCCUCUGUCCGGGUGCUGUGGCGGUCAUCAUCAUCCAAUGCCUGGUUGGAGCAAUUAUCAACUGCUUUAUGUGUGGAGUUAUCCUCUCCAAGAUCUCCUCACCCAAAAAAAGGGCGAAAACCAUCCAAUUUAGUGACAUGGCUGUCAUUAGUCCAAGAAAUGGGACCCUCUGCCUAUCAAUCAGAGUAGCCAACCUGCGGAAAACUCUGAUGAUUGGAAGCCAGAUCUAUGGCAAGCUACUGAGAACCACAAUCACCCCAGAAGGGGAGACGAUUAUCAUGGAUCAGGUGAACAUUGACUUUGUGAUCGACGCCGGGAAGGACAACCUCUUUUUUGUGUGUCCUCUCACUCUGUACCACAUCAUCGACAAGAACAGCCCCUUCUUUGAGAUGGCGGUGGACACGCUGCACAAACAAGACUUUGAAAUGGUGGUCUUUUUAGAUGGCACGGCAGAGUCCACAAGCUCUUCCUGCCAAGUGCGGACCUCCUUCAUUCCUCAGGAGAUCAUGUGGGGCUACAACUUCCUGCCCAUCAUUUCCAGAAGCAAAGAGGGCAAGUACCGAGUUGAUUUCUCCAACUUCUCCAAGGUUGUGCCGGUGGCAACUGCGCACUGUGCCUACUGUUACCACAACAUCAAGGGUCAUCAUCACCACUCCAGAAAUGGGAAUGACAACCGGGGCUUUGAAGUGAUCGAUAUAGAAGCCCCUCCGACUCUCACUACUUUUUGAGACAUUGGCAGGCAAUAAAACUGAGACUGGUUGAGUUUACCCCUCCGAGUGAUGAACCCCUCUGGGACAGAUAUGCUGAGAGGCAGCCAGGGGAGUUACCCAACUGCAACAAGCACCUUUUGUAGCAUUCAGGCAUAACGCUAAUAACUAUGUGCUACUCCUUUGUGAUCAACACAGAUAAGCAACUGUAGUCAUUAGACUGAAUGACAUGUUUGUAAUGUAAAACCACAUCUUUCAUUGUGCUUACCAAACCCUCUUUUCAAAGCAGAGGCCAGGUCAUGUAAUCUUAAAUCAGUUCCGCGCAAGAAUGGAAACCUCUUCCCUGUCACCCACAAGUUUUCAACAUUUUAUUUAGUACAUGUAUGUUGGAUUGAUCAAACUGUUUAAACCAUGAAACAAAACAAUGUUCCCCCAAGUAUUAUACAAAAAAAAUCACAUCAUUGUGUUUGUUCAAUAUUUUAUGCAGACUCUGUUGAGCAAAAAUGAUCAUUUGACUUGAAUCAAUAUCCUGAAACUCUCGGACGAAGGCGCCAGCAAAGGACAGGGCUCCAGGGCCAGUCUUUCCAAACAGGAAGUGUAGUAGUUGUGUUUUUUCUUCUGAGUCAAGACAUUGUCUGAGAACAAAGAAUUUAUGAUAUCCUUAAUAUUGCUGCAUGCAGCAUGUGACAGAGUAUGUAUGUAAGUGAAUUAUGUUUGCAGAGGCUUUUUUAUGAAUCUUUUCUCAGGGCUAAAGUCAACUAAAAAUAAAAGCU